AUGCUCGAUGAUCUUGCUUUCACCAUCAACGGCGAACUAGGAGAUCUUGUCGCAUGCGGUGGUGAAACAACACACCGUUGGCUAGUGGACUAUGGCAAGACAUAUCUUCUUCGCAUAGUGAAUGCAGUGGUUAAUUUAGAACUCUUCUUUGCCAUAUCUGAGCAUAACCUCACUAUCGUUGGCAUGGACGGAACCUACACUAAGCCAAGAGUGACCAGUUAUAUCAUGAUAGCCCCAAGCCAAACUAUGGAUGUUUUGAUCACAACAAACCAGAGUUUAAGUCAUUACUACAUGGCUACAAGACAAUUCGUGACCUUGGACUCCAGUAUUGCCGAAUUCAAUAAUAUGACGGCUAUUGCUAUUCUUCAGUAUAGGGGGAACUAUCCUCCCCCAGAUGUACCUUCCUUUCCUGCUAAUCUUCCCUUGUUCCAUGACUUGGACUCUGGAUUAGGCUUUCUUCCCCUCUUGAGGAGCUUAGCAACCCCAGAGCACCUAGUCAGUGUCCCACUCAAUAUAACUACCAGGAUGCUCGUUACAGCUUCCAUAAAUAAGGUUAAUUAUACAUUUGAGGGGACGGAGGUUAGCCAUCUUGAUGCCAGCUUGAACAACAUCACUUUUAUGGACCCAACUUCUAGUAUUCUGCUUGCCUAUUACAGGCACACCAGCGGGGUUUACACUACAGAUUUUCCAGACUACCCACCUUCUUACUAUAACUUCACUGGGGAUACUUACCCUCCUCCUAUGUCCGUACUGGCAACAAAAGUAAAGGUGUUGAAUUAUAAUGAAUCAGUGGAGAUAAUAGUCCAGGGGACUAACCUGCAAGGCCAAGGUGAAGAUCAUCCAUUGCAUUUGCAUGGAUACACCUUUUAUGUGGUUGGGAUGGGUCGUGGAAAUUUCAACAAUGAGACUGAUCCAAAAUGGUACAAUUUGGUUGAUCCACCUGAAUGUGACACCAUUACAGUUCCAAAGAAUGGAUGGGUUGCCCUCAGAUUUUUAGCAAAUAAUCCUGGUGUAUGGCUAUGGCAUUGUCAUUUUGAUAGGCAUCUCACAUGGGAAAUGGACACUGCUUUCAUGGUGAAGAAUGGUGAAACCCUAGAGACAAGUAUCCUGCCAUCCCCUACUUACAUGCCUUCUUGUGCAGUUCAAUCCCCUAUCAGGCUUGAAGAUUUCCAGGAUUCGAUUGAGCUAGUUAAUAAGAUAAAUGUCAACUGA